AUGGCACCAACCACACGGCCCAAUGACGAGGCGGACGAGUCCUUCGAGCCUCAAGAAAGCGAGCACCCUGCCCUCCACCCCUCGAUUACCAAUGUGCCCGUCACUCCUGGGUUCGGCUUGAACGAGGAGAAGCCACCUGUGCGCGAACAGAACAACAGCUUGCCUUUCGACCCGGAGACUGUGUCACCCGGACCAUCGUGGGGUGACAAGGGCUCUUACUUCCCCAAGCAGAACGGAGACGAUUGCACAAGCUCUCCUACUGAGCAGGUGGCCGGUGCCCGCACAGGCGAGGAAUUGCUGAAGCGCCUCAGUGUCUCUUCUGAGUCCACGAAGAAGCAUGACCUGGCUGAUGUUGACCCGCGAGCCGCACACCCGGGACUCAAUCUCAGCGGCAAGCUGAUCAGCGCGACCUUCGCCGUACCUUACAACCUGGGCUACUCGAAGGGCAAUGACUGGGAGAUGAACCCUCGCCAUGGCACAUCAGCUCUCUUCGACUCAUUCUCAUAUCUCGCCUCUUCGUCUUCGCCCUGGAAUCACACUCUCGUUGGCUGGACGGGCGAGAUCUCGCACGCAAAAGCCACAGUCGAGGAGCCCCUCCAGCCCAUCAUCAACAAAGCUGCUGCGCCCAUCCCGGUAGACCCCAAGAAGCCUGCGCCACAACAGUCUCAGCCAUCUGGCAUUCGCAUUGGGCGAGAGGAUCGUGGCCGACUGGAGAAGCAGCUGGAGCGAGACCACGGCGGCAAGAUCGUUCCUGUGUGGCUGGUCGACGAGGUUGACGACGGAAAAGACGAAUAUAUCCUGAAGGAUCAGAGCCGCUGGCGCACAUACGCAGAGCAUGAGCUCUACACAAUUCUGCACUACAAGCAGAAUGAGCCAGCCGAUGGGCGGGCGGCACGCAAGUCAUGGGCAGACUACUAUCGCAUGAAUAAGCUCUUCGCGGAUCGAAUUCUCGAGCUCUACAGCCCUGGAGACAUCGUCAUGGUCCACGACUACCAGCUAAUGCUCCUCCCUAGCUUGUUGCGCCAGCGCUUGCCAAACAUCUAUAUUGGCUUCUUCCUUCACGUUCCCUUCCCGAGUAGCGAGUUCUACAGGUGUCUGAGUAGGCGUAAGGAGAUCCUAGAAGGUGUCCUAGGCGCGAACAUGAUUGGCUUCCAAUCAUUCAGUUACUCCCGCCACUUCUCGUCGUGCUGUACUAGGAUCCUCGGUUUCGAUUCGUCCUCGGCUGGUGUGGAUGCAUACGGUGCGCAUGUUGCAGUUGACGUAUUCCCAAUUGGCAUCAAUUCUAUCUCCACAAAACGACAGGCCUUCGAAGCCCCUGAGGUGGAGGAGAGGAUCAAGCUAAUCCGCGAGAUGUACGCUGGCAAGAAGCUGGUUGUCGGUCGCGACAGGCUGGACGCAGUGCGUGGAGUUGUCCAGAAGCUCCAGGCUUUCGAGAUGUUCCUCGAGAAGUACCCUGAGUGGCAAGAGAAGGUUGUUCUGAUUCAAGUCACCAGCCCUAGCGCUGUAGUGUCUGACGGAGGCGACAACACCCAAGAGAAGAUGGUCAACAAGAUCUCAGAUCUUGCAGCUAAGAUCAACGGUACCUACGGCUCUCUCAGCUUCACCCCAGUCCGCCACUUCCCACAAUACCUGUCCUCGGAGGAGUACUUUGCCUUGCUCCGCAUCGCAGAUGUUGGUCUGAUCACCAGUGUCCGCGAUGGUAUGAACACCACAAGCAUGGAGUACGUUGUUUGUCAGAAAGACAACCAUGGUCCGUUGAUCCUCUCCGAAUUCUCCGGAACAGCCGGAUCCCUCAGUGGAGCUAUCCACAUCAACCCGUGGGAUCUGGGCGGUGUCGCAGACGCCAUCAACGAUGCGCUGAACAUAUCUGUCAAGGAGCGCGAUGACCAGCACAACCAGUUGUACAGCCACGUUGUCAACAACAACGUUCAGUCCUGGACUAAUAACUACCUCAAGCGAUUAUUGACUAACCUGUCUUCCUUCGACCAGUCCUUUGCUACACCAGCUCUGGAUCGCGCAAAGAUCUUGUCUCAAUAUCGACACGCCAAGAAACGUCUCUUCAUGUUUGACUACGAUGGCACAUUGACACCGAUUGUCAAAGAUCCGGCAGCUGCCAUUCCAUCUGACCGCGUCAUCCGGACUCUGAAGACGCUGGCGGCAGACAAGAACAACUCUGUAUGGAUCAUCAGUGGAAGAGACCAAGCUUUCUUGGAUGAGUGGAUGGGUCAUAUCCCAGAGCUCGGUCUCAGUGCUGAGCACGGAAGCUUCAUGAGGCAACCUCUGAGUGACGAGUGGGUGAACCUGACCGAGAAGGAGGACAUGGGCUGGCAGCAAGAGGUCAUCGAUACCUUCCAGAGGUUCACUGACAAGACACAAGGAUCGUUCAUCGAGCAGAAGAAGAUUGCACUUACCUGGCAUUACCGAAAGGCGGAUCCUGAAUUCGGAGCUUUCCAGGCACGCGAGUGCCAGAAGGAGCUCGAAAGGACCGUGGCUAAGAAACACGAUGUCGAAGUUAUGACGGGCAAGGCCAACCUCGAAGUCCGCCCAAGGUUUGUCAACAAGGGUGAAAUCGCAAAGAGGCUUGUUCUCGAGUACGGCGAUGCACCACCAGAGUUCGUCCUCUGCUUGGGCGACGACUUCACGGAUGAGGACAUGUUCCGUUCACUGCGACAGUCGAAACUGCCGAUCGACCAUGUCUUCUCGGUCACGGUCGGCGCCAGCUCCAAGCAGACGCUUGCGAGCUGGCACUUGGUCGAGCCAACAGACGUUAUCUCGGUCAUCUCGCUGCUCAAUGGCUCGGCUGAUGCGGGCAAUGUGGGGGCAGUUGCGGUUGUGGAGGGAUACGUUCCAGAGAACCGGGUGUAG